AUGCGCCCUAAAUGUUUGUCCGAGUUUAUUGGACAACAAGAGUCUUUGGGUGAAGAGUGUUUCUUACGGAGAGUUUUGUUGACAAAUUCAGUACCGCCUUCCAUCUUAUUUUGGGGACCCCCUGGAUCUGGGAAGACAACUCUUGCUAAGAUGAUUGCCAAACACUGCAAGGAGAAUGCCUUGACAAAAUUCACCUUAUUAUCAGCAACCAACUCUGGUGUCAAUGAUGUGAAGAAAGUGGCUGAAGCAGCUAAAAAUGACAUGAAAAUAUUCAAGAUGAAAACCAUUCUUUUUAUUGAUGAAAUACAUCGUUUUAAUAAAGUGCAACAGGAUAGUUUGUUGCCUUAUGUAGAAGAUGGAACCUUAAUAUUAUUUGGAGCAACAACUGAAAAUCCUUCGUUUCAUUUGAAUUCUGCUCUUCUCAGUCGUGUUAAGGUGAUUGUUUUGGAGAAACACUCAGUGGAAAAUAUAAUAUCCAUAAUAAAUAACAUUUUGCAACAUUUGGGUAUAAGGUGCUUCUCUGAUGAAUCAGAAAUAGAUGAACUUCUGACUAGUAAUGAUGAUAGGCCAAAUAUAUGGAUAAGUCAGAAGGCUGUUAAAGAAGUUUCCUUUAUAUGUGAUGGUGAUGCUAGAGUGGCAAUUGGCAGUCUUCAAUUGGCAAUACAGAACAAAUUGUUAGAAGCCAAAUUAAAUAAAACCAACAUAGACCACACCAAGAUUAUUAUUGAUGUUGAUUGUAUGAAGGAAGGUUUAAAAAAAUCUUACAUUGCUUAUGACAAGAAUGGUGAGGAGCAUUACAACUGUGUGUCUGCUCUUCAAAAGUCCAUUCGUGGUUCUGAUGAAAAUGCUGCGCUAUACUGGAUGGCUCGAAUGCUUGAAGGUGGGGAAAACCCAUGCUAUAUUGCACGGCGUCUUGUGCGUACAGCAGCUGAAGACAUAGGUCUUGCAGAUCCCCUGGCUUUGAACCAAGCAGUAUCAGCUUACCAAGCCUGUACAUUUAUUGGAAUGCCAGAGUGUGAUGUAAUCUUGGCCCAAUGUGCUGUUUAUUUGGCUCGAGCCCCCAAGUCUAUUGAAGUAUAUUCUGCCUAUAAGAAAGUCAAACAGUCUGUUCACCAACAUAAAGGACCUUUGCCUCCAGUACCUCUGCAUCUCAGAAAUUCACCAACUAAAUUGAUGAAAUCUCUUGAUUAUGGCAAGAAUUACAUCUACACUCCUAAUGAUCCAUCAGCUAAACAGACAUUCCUUCCAGAUGAACUUUUAGAUGUGGACUUUUUUAAUUGA